AACAUGCAAACUCCACACAGAAAGGCCCUCGCUGGCCACGGGGCUCGAACCCGGACCUUCUUGCUGUGAGGCGACAGCGCUAACCACUACACCACCGUGCCACCGUUUAUUAUUAUUAUUAUUAUUAUUAUUAUUAUUAUUAUUAUUAUACUACACAGUGUGUUGCACUGAUUCAAUCUUUUUGUUCACUUGCUGAUGAUAUUUAGUGAAAGAAUUGGAUCUUUGAGUCGACUCUUUGAAGGUAAGAGCUGACUCACGUACAUGAGCCAUUUUUUUUGUACAAUUGAGAUAUUUCUUAAUGAAGCACAGGGACAUGCGGAUGCUUGCUGGCUUUUUUCAUACCUGCAAACUCAUGAGGGUUGAAAAAGGUGACAAACUACCGGUAACAUGUGCAUGUGCCCCUGCAUGUGCCCCACGCUUCACUGCUGCGCCAUCGUAGCCCUGUCCCACAAGGUUUUUCUUGUACUCCAGCCCAUGUUUCUCAAGGAAGCAUAUAAUCUUGUCACUUAAGGCGGUGGCAUCCAGGUGUUCUGCCACUUCAAACUCCAGAAAGCUUUCCUGAACCACACCGUUGUAAAAAUAUCUCAGAACAAAUGACAUUUGCUCUUUUUUCUGAACAUCUUUAGUUUCAUCAACGAUAACUGAAAACUGCUUGCUCGUUUUAACUUCCUGGAUGAUUUCCUCUUUGACCAUUGCAGCCAAGCACUCAAGUAUUUCAUUCUGCAUUGUUUUACUUGUGUAUUUUGCAUUUUUAGCUUAUUGUUCAAGUCUUUUUUUAAUGAUGGGGUUAUGAUUACCCAGCAAGUCUAACAUAGAAAGAAAAACACCCUUUUUUUCAGAGUCAAGAGACUCCCUGUGACCCCGCUGUGCUGUUUUCUGUGGCUGUUAGAACUAAAAUUUCAGCUAAUGUUUUAACGUAGUAUUGAUUUUAACAAAGUUAUCACGUUUUUACAAUAUAUUUAUCAUUUAACAUAACAUCACGUUAUUUCAUGAUAUUUUCAUGUAAUAACGUGAAAGUAUGGUUUAACGUCCUAGGCUAGGCUACUUCCAUUAAAAGCAGACGGCCUCGCCUAGCCUACUGUAGAACUUGGGUCGAGCAAAAACAUGGCUGAAUCCUGAAUGACUCCUAUUUGUAUAAAUAGGGGACGACAUAGGCGGCAAAACGUAGUGUUUUUCCCUGCCAUGGAAGUGCACUUUAUUGAAGAGGAAGCAAUUUGCAUUACAGCCUUGAAUGAGGAUUCAAAAUGGCGGCUCGGCUCAGUUUUCCCUUCCUCCUUCAGUAUACAAGUGCGCUUCCAUGUUUAUGCAGGAGGGCUGAUAGAAGUGGCAAAACAUUUUACUUUUUAUCGUUUCUUUCACAACUUGAAUGCGUUGAAACAAAAAAUUAUGACAAACUAACGCUGCUUACACUAAAAUAUCGAGGGAAAUUUGUAAUAAAAACUUUACGGUCGGCAAUUUCGAUGCGGAAAUUCUCGAUCGGUCGGGUUACCGGAAAAACACUUUUUUUUUUUUUUUUUGGCCUUACAUGUAUAGUUAGCUAAAUAAUGUUCUCCAACCUGAUUUUUAUCCUCUCAAAAUCAGCAUCGCAACUAUGCUAGCACUGUUCAUUCAUUAUAAUUUCAUUUCUUGAUAGAUAGUUAAUCAGCUUUUACCUCUGUCCUCCCGUGUCUCCUUUCCUCGCGACUCCUGGCUCCCUCGCUUCACGCCUCUCAAUUUUUCAAAACAACCAAUCUCUGGCGUUAUCUCAUGCUGCAUUCGCCGCAGUCGGACAUUGGAAAUUCGCGCACGUAAAUGUCAAAUUGGCCGUAAUUUUUCUUUGAAUUCGUCGCUGCCAACUGGGGUGGCAAGGCUUUCUUUUAGGGUGGCAUUUGCCACCCUGGUAGAUCCGCCCAUGGUUAUUCACUCCUGAGCGUGCUGGAAACUGUUCCAUUGGUAUGUUCAGAUCCAGUCGCGAGCUGAUGUUGCCAGAUCUCUCUAUUAAAAGGUGACUUUGCGGUCUGAAUCUGUGGAAUAUUCGUAAGCGAGGACUGGCAACCAGCAGUGGGUUGCGCACCAGCUGAUCGACGAAUUUCGCCGAAAGGUGAGGAGUUUGCAGGUAUGUUUUUUAGGGCUUUGCUUUAAAAAAAAAGAGAAAGAAAGAAAAGCUUUUUUAACUCCAGCCACGUCGAGUCAAUUCACAACUGCGAUUCUGUCUUUUAUGUUCUAAAGCGCUGUCUACUGGUGUAAUAAAGUAAUAAUGUAGCUAAAAUUAAUUGUAAAAUAAUCACAAUGUUUUUAUCACUCCAGCUGUUUGCUGUUUGAACCAAUUACACAUGUUGUACUGUGAGGACAGAAUGGAUCAAUGAAGGAAUCAGUGAAUUACCAAACAAAUCCAGAUGACUGAUCUGGGGGGGAAAAAUCAGUCGAGGAAUCAAUGAAAGAAUCAUCAAUUCAGUGAAUGAAUCAGAAUGAAUCUUUUACCUGAAUGAAGUUAAAUGACUCAGUAAAAAUGCUAAAAGAAGUUGACUCUCAUUAUUAAUUAUAUAAACGUCAUUUUUAAUUGUGUGAAGCGUAAAAAUACGCCGUGAGGCUAAUGUAGCUAAUAAGUAAUAGACGCUGAGAGCCGCGUGUUUCGCAUGGUGCACAGAAUACACGGAAUAUUUCACCAGUCAGUGAGGAAACUUUCAGCAAAUCAAUAUUCAAUAAAACCAUUUCCACAAAUCAAUAGCAACCAGCACCACUUCCUGUCUCUUCAGCUAAUGUACUGCAUGUUUAUGUAUCUACCCAUCUGCUCCUUCUGUCUGUGUGUACGCUCAGGUGAGUCCGUCCACCUGCACACAGUCAACAGGAUCGCAGUUAAAGUUAGUGGAUGUGUUCUGUAUCAUUACAACGUGCCAAGCAUUAGUGCUGUAUGAUGGAUGGAGCGAGUGUUUUCAUCACCAUUCAGAAGGUGUACUACCCACUACUGUGUAUUCUGGGUAUUCCAGCAAACAUCUUCACCUUCUACAUGCUGUGUUGCCGUGUGUGUGGCAUGUCGGACUCGGCACGCGUAUACCUGAGCUGCUUGGCGGUGGUGGACACGUGGUACCUGGUGUGGGUGACGAUGCUCGACCUGAGCCUGGUGUUCCUGCAGCCGCAGCCGUUCUGGCACACUCACCCGUGGUGCGGCAUCAUAAGCUUCUUGCAGUACGGAAUGUUCUACUCCUCGGCCUGGCUCGUCGUGGCCUUCACCAUUGAGCGCUACCUGGUGUUGAGAGUGAUGGUGGGCCGACAGCGCCACCUGCAGGUCAGACACGCCCUCCUCACCUGCACCACCAUCAUCCUGCUCUCACACCUGGCCUCCGUUCCCCUCAGCUGGAUCAACGCCGUGGUGCAGGUGAACCAAACUCUGAAUGGACAGACUGUUACGGUUCCGCGCUGUCUUUAUCGAGAUGCGAUCUACUCCACUGUAGUAGUUUGGGUCACAUCCUUCCUGUCCAGUGGAGUUCCCAUCCUGCUCAUCAUUAUCUUUAACUCUCUGAUUGCGUACCAGCUGCUCGGCUCCAGUCGUCUCUUCACUAAAGAAGAACGCCAGACAAUCCGGGCCUUUCAGAGACGAGGUUCUGCCCGCAGGACGCUGCUGCUGCUCGGGUUCGUCUCGGUGGCGUUCGUGGUCCUCAGCUUGCCGCGCUUCGUCACCUACUGUAUCCUGCGCACCGUACACAAUGACAAAGACUUCGACCGAGACGACUACACCAUUGCCGUCAAUGUCAUCAGCGACGUGGCCAACAUGCUGCACAACCUCAACUCCGCCACCAACUUUCUGCUGUACUGCGUGGCGAGCCGUAGGUUCCGGCGUGAGAUCGUCAACACAUUCAGGUGCCGAGUCCGACCCCGAGAACUCGGCUCCUACUUCACUCAAACCACCAUGAAGGUCUUCUCUGUGGCCAAGCGCAGAGAAGCAGCAGGACAAGAACCCGUCUCCAUCGUUCUCACCAAACUCAGACACUUGGAGAGUCCGACGGCGCCGAGCAGCAGGAACUCAGACGGUUCCACACGUUCUGGAUCCUGAGACAGUUCUGACAGCAUUGUGUGAUUUUAUACACACUGGCUCUCACAGAACGGGAAAUAAAACAAAAUUAACUCACACCUCCAUGCCUUCUGAAAUUGUUCAAUAAAUUAUGAUCGUUAUCAAAAACAAAAAGCCGAGUGUGCAGGAGGUGUGUGUUUCUUUGCAGUUGGUGUGUUUUGUGCAUGUUUUUUUGUGUUCAGUUCAGGAAAAUCUCCCCAUUUUAGGAAAAU